CUUCCUUCUUCCGUCUCUGUAGAAACAUUGCAGUGUUUGCUACUUCCGAUCAGCUCCUUCGUUCUCUCAAACCCUAACCUCUACCUCUCUCCUCCCAAUCUCCGAUCUGAAAGAUCCGCCAUCGAGAUCCUAUCCUAGCCGUUGAUUACAGAUUACCACAGUCAAAGAUGAAUAUAUUCAGAUUAGCAGGGGAUAUGACCCACCUAAUGAGUGUCCUCGUUCUCCUCCUCAAGAUCCACACCAUCAAAUCGUGCGCCGGCAUUUCUUUGAAGACCCAAGAACUUUAUGCUCUUGUUUUUGCUAGUCGGUACUUGGAUAUUUUUACUGAUUUUAUCUCACUGUAUAAUACCAUGAUGAAGUUAAUUUUCUUGGGGAGCUCGUUUUCUAUUGUCUGGUACAUGAGGCGGCACAAGAUUGUUCGUAGAUCUUAUGAUAGAGAUCAAGACACAUUUCGCCAUUUGUUUCUCAUAUUACCAUGUCUACUUCUAGCCCUAGUUAUAAAUGAGAAGUUCACUUUUAAGGAGGUGAUGUGGACAUUCUCCUUGUAUUUGGAGGCGGUUGCCAUACUUCCUCAGCUGGUAUUGUUGCAAAGGACAAGGAAUAUCGACAACUUGACUGGACAAUAUAUUCUACUUCUAGGUGCGUACCGAUCAUUAUACAUUCUCAACUGGAUUUACCGCUACUUUACUGAGCCACACUAUGUUCAUUGGAUAACUUGGAUAGCAGGGCUUGUGCAGACAUUACUUUAUGCUGAUUUCUUCUAUUAUUACUUCCAUAGCUGGAAGAACAAUGUGAAGCUCCAGUUACCAGCUUGAGUUUGUUUGCAGCUAUUGUGAGAUCAGCGCAUGAAGGUCUGGUCAGCGUAUAUGGACAUGAACAUUCAUUUACAAGUGUACUUCAUCAUUUUGUUUUGAUUUUUUGGGUGGUUUGCCAGAACUGUUGUAUCAGAGUGUCAGUGAUUUCAUUCUCUUUUAAUGAGGGUUUACACCUAGAAUGACAUUAUUUUUAAACUAGGAAAGCACAUUUAUAACUGUAUCAUGUGAAAUAUUUAGCCAUCAUGUAUCUUACCAGGGAAUAGAGCAAAUUCUUUUCAGCAAACCCUAUAGAGAUAGAUAUCCAGAUUGAAGCUUGCAGAUUUCAGUUAUGGUA